UUCCAUGGAUUCUGUGCUUCAAUCAAUUGUCCCGUAACAUCGAGAACAAUGAUGGGCACAACACAUCUCUUUUCUUUCCCUUUCUCUUCCCCCCUUUCCUUUCCUUAAUCCCUUUCUUCUUGUCCAAUACCCUAUGCGCCUCUUUUCAUCAACCACUUGGAUCAUCGUCGUCCUAAUUCUCCUGCAAAUUGCCACUGUGGUUAGGCCGCAGGAGGCCGACGCAUCGGGCGGUGGCGGAGCCGAUGCUGAGCCAUCAGCAGACCCUCCUGCUGUCACAUCAGAAGCACCACAACCUGAACCUUCCAAAGAACCUGCUACAUCGAACGACCCUCCAGCAGCUACAUCCGACUCGCCAGAACCCACCUCGGAAGAAAAACCAGCCGAAACUUCUAAAGCUCCAGCAAACUCGGCAACAGAUAAACCAGCAGCAUCUAGUGACAACGAUGACAAAAAGACAUCUGAAUCAGACCCAAAACCAACCAGUGAUUCCAACGAUGAUAAAACUGAUAGUGCUGAUCCAACUGCGAGUGACGACAACAAUACAUCGCAAAGUACCGAUGGUACGUCGACGCCUACUUCAUCAAGUGAUUCCAACACGGAUGGCGACGAUGACGGCGCUCCAAUUGGCACCAUUGCUGGCGCUGUCGUUGGUGGUGUUGUGGGCGUGGCUCUUCUCGGCGGUAUCAUUACAUGGUUGAAUCGUCGUGGCGGAUGUACUCGUCGAAGCAAUAAGCCCAACAAAGCAGGUUACGAGGACUUUGGCAUGUCUGAUACCGACUAUCCCCACCAUCGUUCGCCCUCAACACCUGUCAUGGGAGCUGCUGUUGCAGCUUCAGCUUCGCCUGCCGUCGCCCACAGCAAUAUUCAGCGUUCACCCACUGUUCCGCGUCUCAAUGAUCAAGGCACUUACUAUGAUGGCCAUCCAUCUGGAUAUUAUCAGCAGGACAUGAUGGCCCAGCAACAACAGCAGGGUUAUUAUUAUCCUGAACACCAGGAUAUGGGGGCAGGUACAGCUGGCUAUUACGAUAAUUCCGGUUAUUACUAUGAGCAGCAGCAUCAGCAGCCAGUUACUGCAGCUGCUGGUAUGUAUGGUCAGGAUCCUGCAUACAUGCAGCAAGCAAACGUCGGUUAUUACAAGCCUGAUUUGGCUGAUUUGCAUGCACAAGAACCAGUACAACAUCAACAACCGCAAGCUACACCACAGAUGCAGCAGCAACAGCCUCCAAGAAUAUAGAGCGUGUGUGCGUGUUUGGAACAACGAUAUUUAUAAAAGGACGCCCUGUUUAUUACAAGAAGAUCGCAUUUUCCUUCCCUUUUAUAAUUUAUAUAUAAUGAGCACAAAUACAUGUGUGGCUCGUUACCAUUACCUUCAUUUUGUUUCUCUUUCCCUCUUCUUUGUUUUCUACCUUUCAUUCAUCUUCUUUCUUCCCUCAUAGGAUCAUCGUUAUUCAUUUUGGUGUAAAGACUGAUCCCCAACAUUGUUUAUACUACAGUAGUAAAAGAAGUUCUGUCAAUGAUAUAAUACAUGGGCUCAUAUUCGCCCUACUCAUUAACAACAUAUCCCAGCUCAUCAUUAUCAAAAAAAUACGGUAUUCUUCGGACUCCAAUUAAAGCAAACUUUGAAGCAGUGAG